UUGUGUGCGUGGCUCGCCGGGGAUGUCUCAUCAGCUGACAAUCGCUGUUAUGAGGAAAUCCCCGGGAGCUAUGAUAGUCCGUAGGGAGCUGGAAGGGUGAGCGUCCGUGUGCUGCUGGUGUCUGUUUUUAGCCGCGAGGAGUUUUUGAGCAUCGCUUUCGUUUUUAACCCAUGAUUUGGCAGUUCGCGGAACCAUCAUGACACUGGUAGUAUGUUUUAACUUUGCGCUGGAAUAGCGACACAAAUGCGACAGACUAGAGGCUGCGCGUCUGCCCCCACUAGAAGCAACAGAACGCGACGUUUUUUCACGGACUAGAAAAAGGAGAAGAGGAAAUAUGUUCCAAGCCACCCGCGUCCUCUUCAUCCUGUUCGACAUUACCUGCCUCCUUCUGGUUGGGCUCCCUUUUUUUAUUCUAAAUAUUCAACGCAACCCAUAUAAACGGGGUUUCUUCUGCAACGAUGAGUCCAUCAGAUACCCCUUUAAGGGGGACACCAUACCCGACGUGCUGCUGGGGGGAGUCAUGAUCCCCUUCACCAUAAUUGUAAUUGGGUGUGGGGAAUUCCUGUCUGUCUACCUGUCUCUCAUCAAGAACCAGUCUUUGGGGAGGAAGUAUGUGUCAUGUGUGUACAAAGCCGUUGGAAGCUAUUUGUUUGGCGCAGCUGCCAAUCAGUCUCUGACGGACAUUUCAAAGUACACCAUUGGCCGUUUACGGCCAAACUUCCUGGCAGUUUGCAAACCGCAGUGGGACCGCAUCAACUGCAAAACAGGUGGAUACAUAGAGAACUUCACCUGCACCGGAGACCCGUUAAUGGUGCAGGAGUCUAGACUCUCCUUUUACUCCGGUCACUCGUCCUUCUCUAUGUACUGCAUGAUCUUCCUUGUGUUCUACACUCAGGCCCGGUUAAAUUCCCGGUGGGCGAGGCUGUUUCGGCCCACGCUACAGUUUUUCCUGGUUGUCACUGCAGUGUAUGUGGGCCUGUCCAGAGUGUCGGACUACAAGCACCACUGGAGUGAUGUGCUCAUGGGUCUCCUGCUAGGGGGAUCCGUUGCUGUUUUUACUGUGUUCUGUGUCUCUGACUUCUUCACACAGCCAGUAAACCCUGUGGUAGCACAGGAAGAAGAAGAAGAAGAAGCCCAACAAACCAAUCCACAGGACCACUCUUCCAACGGGAACCACUACGGCACCACGGACUAAAAAAAAGAAACCCCAUCUACAGUAAUCUUGUAGAACUCUUCAUUCCAUGUGAUGGUUAAAAGAGAGUGUGAAACACAAAUGAACUGCAAGCCUUACAUAUUCACUGCUGCCAAUGAAAAUGGAUGUGUUAAACCCAGUUUGGCUGCUGGCUUCAGCCUUUAGCUGCUGACUUGUUCUGCUUACAGACACAUGGACUCAGCAUGCACUUAAUCAAGAUAAAGAGAAUAAGAAACUUGUGCACAAUCUGGUUGGUAUUACACAUGAAAGCUUACAUGGGCAAAAAUCAUCCUUUAUUUUUUUUUGGUUGAGGUUAUUGCUUUGUUUUAUUGUGAAUGAAUUGGAUUUGGCUUAGAUUGUGCAUACUGCAAGCAGGCUUGUAGAGGCUGGAUGAUACCUGUGAAUAAUGUCAAAGACGACAAAACAGAGGUUGAACUGAGGAAAAAAACAUUUAAAAUGCAUUUUAUAAGAAGACUUUGCCUUAGAUUUAUGCUGAUGCCUGCUCUUAUUUUACUUUUUUGAUGUAUUUUUCUUUUUUUUAUUGUUUUAAGCUAUUUUCGUCUGUACAAAAAAAUAAAAUUGUUCUCAAGAUCCCCAAUGUAUUGAGGAGAACACACGGAAAAUAAAGAGAAUUCCCACUCUGUUACUUUAAAACAAA